AUGGCGACUUUGUCAUUGACGCUGCUUUCCUUCCUCUGUGCACCUGCCAUAAGAGCUUGUGCCGAAGAUACAUGCGGCGACUUUCUUCAAUUGGAUCUGGCUGUUGGUCGCAGUAGCCUUGCUGCCGAGAAGAUGCCCCAGACACAGUCGGCUUCGCAUCCCUGGCCGCACGCUCGUGGGAAGGUUCCAGGGCAGUUCGGUACCACCGACGUUGUCUUGGCCUUGCCAAACGGCCCGGCAAACUGGACAUGGCACAAUCCGAGCGGCCAGUGGGAAGACAUGGUGGCAGGGGGCCCGGUCAUCGAUGUUGAUAAAAAUCUCUACCUCAUGACGAUGUGGGGAUUGUGGAAGUUCUCGCCUUCAGGUGAGUUGCUUUGGUUCUACUCUACACCAGGUCGCUCAGAUAAUGAGCCCUUCCUGAGUGGCGAUAGACUCUUUGGGUCCACCACAACCGGCUACGUCUUCGCUGUCGACAGGCACACUGGUCAUGAAAUCUGGUCGAAGAGGGUGGCGGAACGAGCAGGUGGGGAUGCAGCUUAUCCCGGUGCCAUCGACGGAGUCUUCGUUGUCGCCUCCUCAAAGUGGGCGGGCUCCCCGGAGCAAUUUCCCGGAGGGAACACCAAGAUUUUUGGAAUGAGUACGGAGACUGGAGAUCAACUUUGGGAGUACCAGUCCGACUCAAUGCUCUGGAAUCUUACGCCACUCUUUCCGGAGGACGACACCUUCGUCUUUAUGUCUGCCGACGGCAACGUUUAUCGCCUGGGCUUGAAGAAUGGAACAGUGAUCUACAAGACCGACGUGAACAUGCCCCACAGCUUUUCGGACGGCGGGGCGGUGAUUGGUCCCAACAACAUCAUCUACACCUGCAGCAACUUCGGCACUGGCAAGCCUUCGACACCCGGCGUGGUGAGAGCCUUUGGGCUCCAAUUGGGAAACCUAAUCUGGGAGCACGUGCUCUCGGAACCCUGCUGCACCUUCCCAGCAGUGGGACAUGUGAAGGGUUCAGAUGCUCUCGCAGUGGUGGUAACUCCUGGAGCCUUUCCUGGUAGCAUUCACGAGGAAGGCAGCGUGGUGGCUUUGAAUGCCGAGACUGGGGACAUGUUGUGGAAAUUCCAUGCGGCACCGUACAACUUGCCUUUUGCUGCCGGAGACGAUAAGCGCACUGUGCAUCUUGACAUCCACGGGCCCUCGCCACGCCUCAUUCGCCAGAUCUGCAUUCCGCCGCAUUGGAGUGCUCCUGCUAUCACCGGUGACGGCACCGUCUACGUCGGGCGGAUGGACGGAAACCUCUAUGUAGUGCAUGGCGCCCUGGCGGGAGACGAAGUGGGGGAGCUCACGAAGGACCCCGAGACCGGCGUCCACGCCCAAGUCUUGAAGGUUGGCAGUGCCCCGAUACACGGUGCGCUGGGCUUUGCCGACGGUCUCUUGGGUUAUGCUACCUGCGACUCACUUUAUGUAUGGCACGAGUGA